AGGGGCAAAGGAAGCUGAUUGGCUGAGAUACAUGUUGUCUUUUCUGGACAAAGGAAUCUCCUCCGUGUGAGCUUGUGAAUGACGGGAAGCGGCUUGAGAAGAGGUGAGCGUGAUCGAAGCUCCCAAAAGAGCCCGGCCGUGGCGGGUCUCCAGGAUUCUUCGGGAGACCUGGGGCUCCAGGGAGGACAGCAGCCGCCUGCAGAACCACCUCCAGCUACACAGUGGAGGGACCCUAGCACCAUGGGAACCCCAGCCUCUGUUGCUUGUGAAUUGCCACAGCAGCAGACUCCUAGAUCCUGCACUCGCAAGAGAGCAUCUGCCAACAUCUUUCAGGGUGUGGGGUUAUGGCAGUUGCGCCGUCUCUUCCACAGCAGUGGGGAUGCACAGGCUGAAGAACGGGCCCGGCUGGUUUGGGAGUGUGCAGAGAAUCGGUGCAUUACCCAAGCCCUGGAACAGCUCCAUCGAAGACAAAGAAAAACGAAGCUGCGAUCCCGCCUGAAACCCCCUUCUGAAAAGAGUAGUAGCACCAGACUCCUAGAGCUACAGCAUUUCAGCCACUUAAGGAUUGAAGACUGUACUACACCUUGUGCUGGGACUGAUAAUGGUGACCAUGGCAGCAAUAAGGAGACAGAGAGAGAUGAUCAAAGUGGCCACUACACAGCUUCUCACUACUGGAAGAAAAGGGGGACUGGCGCUGCAGGCUACCUGCACCAGCUCCAUCGGUGAGCAACUGAACCUUCUCUAUGCCAACGAGUUGUGGUUAAAUGUCAGAGAAAAGGAGAAGCCUGAAAUUGAGGGGGGCCUGAUGGUGAACACACAUUGCUUAAUCAUUGCAUGUUGGAGGAGAAUCAACAUUAGUUCUCCUGCUUCAAGUCGGCAAUCAAGGCAGAGAAAUUUGAAACCAAACCAUUUCAGCACCUCAAGCACUUCUCCUUGUUCUGGUUACUUAAAAUUUGACAGCACCUUGCUGGGUCAAAGCAUAAACACUACACCUACUGUCUGCACUCAGUCAUAUUUAAUAAAGCUUGUAUCUGCUCCCUCUGUGAAA